UUCCUAUAUCAGAACUCCUUCAGAGGUGUACGGACGCUCCCUCUAAAUAACUCAAUUGCCGUCAACUUAUUGCUAUUUUUCUGAUGUUGGUACUCUCAGCAUCAGAUUGAUUGCAAUGUUUCUCCUACUUCAUUUCAUCAUUCUCAUGGACGCCACAGAUCUUGCCCUGACUGAAAGCAGUAUCCUCAUUCCCUUGUGCCAAAAAGGAUACUUUCCCUGUGGGAAUCUUACCAAGUGCCUGCCGCGGGCUUUUCACUGCGAUGGCAUGGAUGACUGCGGGAAUGGUGCCGAUGAGAAGAACUGCGGUGACACUAGUGGAUGGGCGACCAUAUUUGGCACAGUUCAUGGAAAUGUUAAUAAUGUGACAUUAACACAGGAGUGCUUUCUAAACCAUUAUCCACAACACUGUGAUUGCAAAGAAACUGAAUUGGAAUGUGUAAACGCUGGUCUAAAGUCUGUGCCUACACUUUCAUCCAAUGUGACAUUACUGUCUCUUAAGAAAAACAAAAUCUACAGUCUUCCAGAUAAAGUGUUCAUCAAAUACACACAACUUAAAAAGAUAUUUCUUCAGUAUAAUUGCAUUAGACACAUUUCCAGGAAAGCAUUUCUUGGAUUAUACAAUCUGCAAAUAUUAUAUCUCAACCACAACAGCAUUACAACUCUCAGACCUGGAGUAUUCAAAGACCUACAUCAGCUCACUUGGCUAAUUCUAGAUGACAAUCCAAUAACCAGGAUUUCACAGCAAUUGUUUACUGGAUUAAAUUCUUUGUUUUUCCUGUCCAUGGUUAAUAACUCCUUAGAGGCCCUCCCCCAGCAGAUUUGUGGCCAAAUGCCUCAACUCAGCUGGAUGGAUCUGGAAGCCAAUCGAAUAAAGCAUCUUACAAAUUCCACCUUUCUGUCAUGCGAGUCACUCACAGUGCUGUUUCUGCCUAGAAAUCAAAUUGAUUUUGUUCCAGAGAAGACAUUUUCUUCAUUAAAAAAUUUAGGAGAACUGGAUCUGUCUAGCAAUAUGAUAAUGGAGCUGCCACCCCACCUUUUUAAAGACCUAAAGCUUCUACAAAAAUUGAACCUGUCAUCCAAUCCUCUUUUAUACCUUCACAAGAACCAGUUUGGAAGUCUUAAGCAACUUCAGUCUCUAGACCUGGAAAAGAUAGAGAUUCCAAAUAUAAGUAUAGAAAUGUUUCGACCCAUGAAGAACCUGUCUCACAUUUAUUUCAAAAACUUUCGCUACUGCUCCUAUGCUCCCCAUGUGCGACUAUGUAUGCCCUUGUCUGACGGCAUUUCUUCAUUUGAGGACCUCUUGGCUAACAAUAUCCUCAGAAUAUUUGUCUGGGUUAUAGCUUUCAUUACCUGCUUUGGAAAUCUUUUUGUCAUUGGCAUGAGAUCUUUCAUUAAAGCUGAAAAUACAACUCACGCUAUGUCCAUCAUAAUCCUUUGUUGUGCUGACUGCCUGAUGGGUAUUUAUUUGUUCUUCGUGGGCUUCUUCGAUAUGAAAUACCGUGGGCAGUAUCAGAAGUACGCCCUGCUGUGGAUGGAAAGCCCACAGUGCCAUCUCCUGGGCUUUCUGGCCAUGCUGUCCAGCGAAGUCUCUGUCCUAUUGCUGACCUUCUUAACUCUGGAAAAGUUCCUGGUCAUCGUCUUCCCAUUCAGCAACAUCCGACCUGGAAAGCGGCAGACCUUGGUCAGUCUCAUCUGCAUCUGGGUGACGGGAUUUUUGAUUGCUGUAAUUCCCUUUUGGAAUGAGGAUUACUUUGGAAACUUUUAUGGGAAAAAUGGAGUAUGUUUCCCACUUUACUAUGACCACACAGAAGCUGUUGGAAGCCAAGUAUAUUCUCUUGGAAUUUUCCUAGGUGUGAAUUUGCUGGCUUUUGUCAUCAUCGUGUUUUCCUAUGUUACUAUGUUCUGUUCCAUUCAAAAAACCACUGCCCAGACAGCAGAAGUGAGGAAUCACAUUGGAAAAGAAGUAGAUGUUGCAAACCGUUUCUUUUUUAUAGUGUUCUCUGAUGCCAUCUGCUGGAUUCCUGUAUUUGUAGUUAAAAUCCUUUCCCUCCUCCGAGUGGAAAUACCAGGCACAAUCACUUCCUGGAUAGUGAUUUUUUUCCUUCCGGUAAACAGUGCCUUGAACCCAAUCCUCUACACUCUCACCACCAGCUUUUUUAAGGACAAGUUGAAACAGCUCCUACACAAACAUCGGAGGAAAUCAAUUUUUAAAAUUAAAAAAAGAAGUUUGUCUACAUCCAUUGUAUUAACAGAUGACUCCUCUUCACUUAAACUUGGAGUUUUGAACAAAAUAACACUUGGGGACAGUAUAAUGAAACCAAUGCCCUAGUAAUGGUUUUUCGAUCACUUGGCCUUCAAAGGACUGCCUGUAACAGGUACAGCUCUUGGAAGAUGGCAUCUGCAACGCUCUUAAUCUUGGUCACUGGUUACUUCUGCACAGUGGACACAGCAGAAUGAGUCCAGUAUUGGGCCUACAUUUUAGGGGCAGCUCUACCACCUAUCAACUGCGCUGAAAACUACACCAAGAGGCUCUCCUCUUACACUCCUGAAAUGUGUGUGUGAAUCUGCAUAGGGUAGGGUGCCAUGCAGUUGACUCCCAGCUAGUCAACACUAUAGAUCUACCCAAGAAUGUCCACAGGUAGACAAUGCAUAGUCUUCUACAUCUGGUUCCACUGUCCAUAGAAUAAAACUAUUCAUGACAUCUUAUUCUAGUGUGACCAUAGUAACAGAAAUCUAACAUCUCUUUCUUUGUUUUUUUAAUGCAAAUAAAACCAUUAACAUCUUG